AUGGAUAACAUGUCCCCCAGGCUGAGAGCCUUCCUCUCUGAACCCAUUGGAGAAAAGGAUGUUGACUGGAUAGAUGGGGUCAGUCAAGAGCUUGCAGUCAAUUUGAUCACCAAAGGCUUCAACAAGGCUUACACUCUACUGGGACAGUUCCUUCUGAUGCACAAGAAUGAAGAUGAGUUUCAGAAGUGGCUUGUUUGUUGCUGUGGGGCCACUGAGUGUGAGGCAACAGAGAGUUGUAACUGCCUGAAGGAGUGGUGUGCCUGCUACCUGUAA